AUGCGGUCGCAACUCGUGUCCACCGUACUGAUAUCGACGGCCAGUCUUGCGAUCAAUACUGAUUUUGUUGAGCUUGGCAGCCAAACAAGCGCAAAACAGCUAUCUUUGAGGGACGCAACGCCUGAGACAUUCGACUCAACGGCAUCGAGUAAUAUCGCUGUAUACUUUGGACGAACUAAUGCGACUCAGCGAGCAGGUCUUCUACCUCUCUGUCAAGACAGCAACAUCAACAUCGUUGUGCUAGCCUUCAUAACCAAAAUCUUUGCGGGUGGUGGGUACCCCGAGAUCGCCUUUGACGAGCUUUGCGAUGAGCCUACAACUGAAAUGAGGACCGAAGGAGCGACAGGACUGGUCUCGUGCCCGGGUUUAGCUAGUGAUAUUGCAACCUGCCAGAGUCUAGGCACGAAGAUCUUGAUAGGUAUUGGAGGACAGAAAGGCAACGCUACCUUUUCUAGCCCUGCUGAAGCAGAAAAGGGUGCUGGCAUGCUUUGGAAUGUCUUCGGCGGUGGACUUGAUCUCAACGCCACGAUGAAACCUUUCGGCAAUGUUACAAUUGAUGGAUUCGAUGUCGACAACGAAACUGGCGAUGGAAGCUAUUAUGAGGACUUUGUUGCCGCACUUCUUGCAUUAUUCCGACAACAGUCCACGAAAAAGUACUACCUGUCUGCUGCGCCAGGCUGCAACUACCCGUAUGUUGGACAACCCUUGUCCAUGCUCAGCCUUGUCGAUUUCGUUUGGCCACAGUUCUACGGAGCGCCGUCGUGUAAUAUCGGCAGCAAUGGCUUCAAUGACUCUUUCGCUGGCUGGACUGGACGACUUGAUGGACCGAAGCUUUAUCUUGGUGCACCAGCUUUCGCUGCCGCCGUGACAAAUGGCGGUUAUGAAGAUCCUGUGGCAUUUACAGAAACAAUCCUAGCUGCACGCUCUUUAGGGCGGACGAAAUUCGGAGGAGUUAUGUUAUGGGACGGGCCAUACGCACAAUUGAAUAAGGACUCGGAAGGUAAAGAUUACGUGAAUGUAACGAAGUCAGCCUUGUUGCAGAGGUAG